AGAAGGCGGCAGAGUCCCUUUCCCCUGUAGCCUACAUUGUUCGUUAGAGCUACGUGUUUUAGUGUUUAUAUGUAGUGUUUUGGUGCCUUUUUCUCCUCUGGUUUUGUGUAUUUCUAUCUUUAUUUAUCCUGGAAAGACCAACGGAAGCAGUCAAAGAUGAGUGAGGUGGAGCUGUCAUGUCUGGCGUAUGUGAAAAUGUUCCUGCAUGCCAGCACGUUUCCCCGCUGCAGUGUGAAUGGACUGCUAUUAUCUUCCAGUCCAACAGAGGGCGCUGUAUGUGUAACAGACUGUGUUCCUCUGCUUCACUCCCACCUGCCUCUGGCUCUCACCACACAGCUUGCGCUCACACAGGUGGACGUAUGGUGUGCACAAACACAGCAGAGGAUUGUGGGAUAUUAUCAGGCUAAUGCGUGUCUAUCAGAUAGCAGUCCGACUCCGUGUGCUCUGAAAAUCGCAGAUAAGAUCGCAGAGCAGUUCAGUAAUGCUGUUUUACUGAUGAUGGAUGGUAGGAAAAUGUCUCCCAGUUAUCGUGUCCCCCCAAUAGUGAUGUAUGAACAUAAAGACUCUCGAUGGACCCUAAAAGACAAACACACAAUAAUGCUGCGUCAGUGGGAGGAAACUCGUUCGAUUGCCAACCAGUUACUGAAUUCAUGUGAUCACACGUUAUUGGUGGAUUUUGACAGCCAUUUGGAUGACAUAACAAAAGACUGGACUAAUCAGAAGCUAAAUGCUAAGAUAAUGGAGCUGGCCUCUCCGGCUAAUGGUAACAUGUAAACUGUGUACAAGCAUUAUCUGUUGAGUAAGUUAUUAUUUUAAAACAUUUUAGAAAAAUCUAAUUUACACUAAUAACACUUUUUAUAUUUGUAAAAUUUGUCUUGCUACUACAUUCAUAAAAUAUACUCUCCUUGCAAAUGUG